AUGCCACGAUCAUUGAGACGUUGUGCAGUGUCCGUGAGGCGCCGAGCGAAGGAAGCAGCGUUGAGGGAGGAGUGCAGUGUGAUGUCUUGGAAGGUGCGAAAGAGGGAGAGGAGGGAACGUAAGUCCUGGCGAUCAUAUUGGGAGGAGAGAGACUUCCAGAGGGAGGGGGAGGAUGGGGGGCGAAGGUCACGCUUGAGAGAGGAGGGAACGCAUGAGAAGAUGAUAGUUAGUGCACGGCGGUCAGCAAUGCGCCAUGCAGCUGUAUCGGAGUGGAUAGGGGCUUGGGGGGCAGGUUCGGUCGGGAGUGGUGGGGCGUCGGGGGGGGAGGAGCCUGGGAGUGGGGGCGGAGUGGGGGGGAGGCCAUUAGAGUCGGCGGGAGGUGCGCUGAGCGGCGCGAGGGGCACGGCUGAGCCGGCGGGAGGUGCGCUAAGUGGCGCAAGGGGCACGGCAGAGCCUGCGGGAGGUGCGCUGAGAGGCGCGAGGGGCACGGCUGAGCCGGCGGGAGGUGCGCUAAGUGGCGCAAGGGGCACGGCAGAGCCUGCGGGAGGUGCGCUGAGUGGCGCAAGGGGCACGGCAGAGCCGGCGGGAGGGCUCAGCGCGCUUGUGGUGGCCUUAGACCUGCUCAUCCGCGCCAAGGGCCCUCUGGGAAUCACAAAGGGCGUGAAGCGCGUCAUGCUGCUGACAGGUGGCGGCACGCCAUUGGAGGAGGCCAGCGAAGCCUCCAAUGAGGAGCAGGUGUGUGGAAAAGGGGGACAGAUAGAUGCAGGGGGUUUUGGCGGGGGGGGCUUCCCCACUUUCUCCUCUUUGUGUAACCUCGCCCCUCCCUCCCACCCAAACUGCCACCCUCCAGGCGGCAACGAUGGCUGGGAAGAUGCACGAAUAUGGCAUCGCUCUGCACGCUGUGCUGCUGAGACCACCACCUCCCCACCCCCCAACAUUCUCCUUCUCCAUCCCCAUCAUCCCCUCCCAUCAUCCCCCCCCCAUCACCCUCUUGUCUCUUGUCUCUCCCAGGCGGCAACGGUGGCUGGGAAGAUGCACGAAUAUGGCAUCGCUCUGCACGCUGUGCUGCUGAGCGGGAGGGUGGAAGGCGAGGAGGCAGAGGCAGGAGGAGCAGACGACGAUGGGGACCCAGGAGGAGAAAGGGCUGAGGCCAGGGAUGUUGCUUACGAGAACGAGAAGCUGCUGAGAAGGUUCUUUGAUGCGGGGGCUUGCAGGGUCCACGGGGGUCGAAGGGAAGAGCAGGAGAAAUUGAAGGAGGCAGAUGAUGGGGGAAGGUGCGGGAAACGGUGCAAACGGGAAGAGAAUGGGACAGGUGAUGCAAGGGCGGAGGGAGGAGGUGGGGCGGAUGAGGAGGAGGAGGAGGAGAAGGAGGAGGAAAAAGGCGUUGGGAGCGGUGGUGUGGUGUGUGGAGGGGAGCUGCGAGUGGUGGCGUCGCUGGCAGCAGCGGGCAUGCUGUACCGGGUGAAGCCGCGAGUGCUGCCCACCACAUCGUACCGAGGCGACUUGCUGGUGGCCCCUGGAUGCACCAUCAAGGCGACCUGCUGCUGGUGGCGCCUGGCUUUGCCGCGGCGACCUGCUGCUGGUGGCGCCUGGCUUUGCCGCGGCGACCUGCUGCUGGUGGCGCCUGGCUUUGCCAUCAAGGUGACGAGGCGCCCCAAGAGAUCGGUGGAACCGCGCAUGCUGCCCCCAGGCGACCUGCUGCUGGUGGCGCCUGGCUUUGCCGCGGCGACCUGCUGCUGGUGGCGCCUGGCUUUGCCGCGGCGACCUGCUGCUGGUGGCGCCUGGCUUUGCCGCGGCGACCUGCUGCUGGUGGCGCCUGGCUUUGCCAUCAAGGUGACGAGGCGCCCCAAGAGUGAAGCAUCGAGUGCUUCCCUGCCCACCACGUCGUACCAAGGCGUGAUUCAUCAUCAAGGUUCGGGCAUACAAGAAGACCUUUCCCCAGCGCCUCUCUCCCGCUUCGCCCCUCCCUCCGAUCCCUCCGCCACUGGAGAUGUGAAGCAGGAUCAGGAGUGCAGAACGGUCUGGUCCUACAAGAAAACCUUCCCUCAGCGCCUCCCUCCCCUCAAGCUCCUCUCCCGCCUCGCCCCUCCCUCCGAUCCCUCCGCCACUGGAGAUGUGAAGAUGGAGAGAGAGUACCGAGUGGUGGAGAGCGGUGCAGAUGGGCACGGGGAGGGCGGAGGGGACGGGGGAGAUGGAGGAGGGGAAGGGGAGGAAGGGGGUGGGGCGGAGGGAGGAGGGGGAGCGGGGGAAGAGCUUGAGACAGUGGGGUUGGAUGAGCUUGUGAGGGCGUACAAGUAUGGGCCCCAGGUCAUCCCAGUGAGUGAGUAUGACCGCAUGGCAAACCGGUUUCAGGCAGAGAAGGGGAUCCAAAUAAUUGGCUUCACUAUGCGAGACCAGAUUCCGAGGCACUACUUUAUAAAGGACACGGCCAUUCUCCUCCCAGAGCCCAGCAACACCAAGGCCGCUCUCGCCCUCUCAGCCCUUGCACAGGCCAUGGAAUCUUCCGAAAAGGUGGCCAUCGUGCGGUUCAAGCUCACCAACCGAGCGGACUCGGGUGUUGCACUCGGUGUCCUGAUGCCGUGGUGUAGAGGGAAGAGGGGAUUUACAGAGGAGGAAGAUGAAUCUGUGCCCGACCUGCUGCUAUUCAACGCCAUCCCCUUCAGUGAGGACAUCCGGGAGUUCUCCUUCCCGUCGCUAGAAGCCGCGCCGCCCAAUCAGCAGCCGACAGCUGUCCAGAGCAGCGCAGCAGCAGCGCUGGUCCAGGCGAUGUCUCUAGUGCGGUGCAGUGAGGUGGGGGAGGAUGACGAGGAGUACAAUAAGGAGGAGGGGGUGGGGGAGGAUGAGAAGCUGAGACCAGAAGACACACCCAGCCCGGCACUGCAGCACAGCACUAAUACGAUUUCAUUCAUUCCUGCAUUCCAAAUUCCCCAAUCCGUUUCCCCUCCCCGUCUUGCUGUUCACCCCUCCCACCCUCCCUCUCUCCCUCUCAUUCUCCCACCCUCCCACUCUCCCUCUCAUUCUCCCACCCUCCCACUCUCCCUCUCAUUCUCCCACCCUCCCACUCUCCCUCUCAUUCUCCCACCCUCCCUCUCUCAUUCUCCCACCCUCCCUCUCUCAUUCUCCCACCCUCUCCUUCCCCCCAAUCAUAGCACUUCCACGAUUCCAUUCAUGCUCCACUACUAUGAUUUCAUCUGUGCCGUGCCGUGCUCGGGUCCUCCACUCCAAGGCCCACAUAUCGCCUCUCCCUGCCUCUCUAGCUGUUUUGCCCUCCCACCCUCCCACACUACUACGAUUUCAUCCGAGCUCGAGUCCUGCACCCCAAGGCCUGCAUACCCCCUCUAUCUGCCUCUCGUGCUGUUCACCCCUGCCCACCCCUCCCACUCCCAAUCUUCCCCUCCCCCAUCGCAGCACUACUACGAUUUCAUCCGAGCUAGAGUCCUCCGCCCCAAGGCCCCCAUUCUGUUUUCCUUCCCUCUCUUGCUGUUCACCGCUCCCACCCUCCCACUCUCUGAAUAUCAUUCUCCCACCCUCCAAUCUCUCCCCCCCUCCUCAUUGCAGCACUACUACGAUUUCAUCCGAGCUCGAGUUCUCCGCCCCAAGGCCCCCAUACCGCCUCUCCCUGCUGCCCUCGCUGCUCCCCUCUCCCACCCGCUCUCUGCCGACCAUCCUGCCACCCGGUCCUUUGCUGCUGCCUUCCCUGCCCUUGGGGAUCACACUGCGCCUCUAUCUCAACAGCCUCUGCAGCUGUCCCAGGCAGAGCCUUCCCCAGACGAGCCUGCACCAGCUGCAGCUGCCCCAAGCAGACCGGAUUCUCCUGUCGCCAGGGACCAAAGCAGGGAGACGAGCGCCGGGCCUUCAGGUGUAACCAGUGCGGGGCACUGA